AUGUCGAAGGUUUUGCUUCUUCUUUUUGUGUUUCAUGUGAUGACGGCCAGCGCCACUGAGGCGCUUAAUUUGUCGCAGACGAUUGCUCUGUUAGUAGAGAACACGUUGACAUCUUCUCUCUCAUUAAUAAGUACUUUAUUUGUAGCGUAUUCGAUGGUGUAUCUUCGGCUCUUAGCAAAGGGUAUAUCUCACCAAAUGAUAUUUUGUUUAUUAUGUUGUUCUUUUGUGAACCAAUGUGUAGUUCUAGCGACUCUUUUUAUCUUGCAAAUGUCUCAAAUGGUAGCUGAUAACACGUGCAAGUUUUUUGCAGCAGUGAUGCAGUUUACAGAUCUAUCGCAGUGUUUUUGGGUUUUAGCAAUAGCCGUUCACAUUGGGAUUUCCUAUUUUGUCCAAAACACGUUCAUCAAAAAAAAUUACUUUGUCAUUUCAAAUAUCUUUGUGUGGGGUUCAAGUCUCGUCUUAUCUAUUAUCCCCAUCGACGACUAUGGAAUGAGUGAAGUCUGGUGCACAACGACUAACAAGUAUUGGGACUUUUUCACUCUUUAUAUUGUUGUCGCUAUUGUAGCAGUCAUCGUAUUUGUUAUAUAUAUCGCUGUCAUCAUCCAACUCGUCGUUUCAGACAAGAAUCUGAAGUUGCGGCAUUUGUUUGCAAAACUUGACUAUGAAAAUGGACUCAACGGAAGGGUCAUCUCACUCAUCAGAAAGAUGGCAAUAUACCCGUUGUUGUAUAUCGCGUGUUGGCUGAUUCCUUUCAUCGACAGACUUGUCCCUCUCUUCGGCGACGACAUUCAAGUGGUUUUGAAGUACAUCCACUGCUUUACAAUCCCAUUGCUUGGGUUUAUGAAUUGUUUAUAUUACGCUAAGGACGUCUCGUUGAUGGUUCGAUGGAGGAUUUACUUCAGAAACUGGGGGAUGUGUUACUCAUGCAUUGGAAAUGGGGAGGAGAUCAUUCCCGACGAUUAA